AUGGCGAUACUGACUGACGAUGCCGGCGAAACGUUUGGGAAUGUACCACGUCGACUGUUCGACUUUGGAAAUGAUCAUGCAGACAAUGGACUCCGAACUAGGUGCGUUCCUCUAAGUCAUCCUACCAACAUGACCACGUUGCGAAAACAAGGUCAAACAACGUCUAUAAAACGAAAGGAGACUGCGACCACACAAAAGUCCACACCAUCUUGGUCUUCAUACCUUCGAAGAAAAGAUGGAUUUCGAAAAAUAUCUUGUCUCAUAACUGCUGAGCUUAUUUUUAUUUCGGAAGUGCCAAUACCACUUAAUUGUUGA